UAAUCAUCCAAUAGUCAGAUCUUGCUUUUUGGAUAGACAAAACGAAGGCCUUGCUGAUAGUCAGUGUUUCCCAAUCUGGCGAGAGCACCCACACAUGUGGUCCUGAAAAUUUUUCUUCCCCAAAAAGCUGAAAGGACGAAUCGAGAUUUGACGAGGAAAGACACAAUCAAAAGACUACUUUGAAAGAGCACUUUGAAAGAGUCUACAGCCACAACAAAACAGCUUUCGAUGUCGCAGCCUACAGAAAUCAACUUGGGAGUUACUGCUGAUUUACAUGUCCAUUUGCGUGAUGGCGAGAUGAUGGAGUUGAUUACUCCCACUGUCAGAGAAGGUGGAGUCUCCAUUGCCUAUGUGAUGCCCAAUUUAGUUCCCCCAAUCACAAAGAUCGAUCAGGUUAUCCGAUAUAAGAAAAAUCUAGAAUUAUUAGCACCAAAGACUACUUUUUUAAUGACCUUUUAUCUAUCAAGAGAUUUGACCCCUGAACUAGUUGAAAAAGCUGCAAUUUUAAAAGUCAUUAAAGGUAUAAAAUGUUAUCCUGCUGGUGUUACAACGAAUUCAAGUGCUGGUGUAGAUCCAAAUGAUUUUUCUGACUUUUACCCAAUUUUUAAAAUCAUGGAAAAGUACAAUCUAAUCUUGAAUUUGCAUGGCGAAAAGCCCUCAACUAAUCAUGAUGACAUUCACCAUAAUAAUAGCCAUGAUGAUAAUGAGCAUAUUCAUAUUUUAAAUGCCGAAGAAUCUUUCUUACCUGCUUUAUUCAAAUUACAUCAGGAUUUUCCAAAUUUAAAAAUUGUCCUUGAACACUGUACUACAAAGGCUGCAAUCAAUGCAAUUGAAAAAAUCAAUUCCAAAAAUGUUGCCGCAACAAUUACUGCCCACCAUUUAUACUUGACAAUUGAUAAUUGGUCAGGAAAUCCUGUUAAUUUUUGCAAACCUGUUGCAAAAUUGCCUUCUGAUAAAUCAGCCCUAAUCAAUGCUGCCAUUUCAGGUAAACCUUUUUUCUUUUUCGGUUCUGAUUCUGCUCCUCAUCCAUUAUCAAAAAAAUCUACUCAUGUCAACGUUUGUGCUGGUGUUUAUACUCAAAAUAAUGCUAUAAGUUAUUUGGCUGAAAUUUUUCAAAAUUUUGAUGCUUUAGAUAAAUUGAAAAACUUUGUUAAUGAUUUUGGCAAAAACUUCUAUAAUAUUAAUGACAGUGACGAAAUUAUUAAAUCUAAGGAUACCGUUAUCUUAUAUCAAGAAAAGAAUCAAGUUCCACAGCUAAUUAAAAAUGAUUUAAUUGGCGAUGAAAGUUUGGUCGUCGCACCAUUUAAAGCCGGUGAAGAAUUGAACUGGAACGUUAAAUGGAGAGCAAGCUAAUCAAUUAUCUAUUCAUAUUCAUAUUCAUGUCCAUUUCCAUAUUCACAUUAGCUCUUUUUCUUGUUUUAUUAUAAUCUUUUUUUUCCUUAUAUAUUCUCAAUAUUACAAAACUUCAUCUA